UUUUCUGCUACAAUUAGCAUCAGUACAGAGUAGGACUAAUCUGUUGACGAUACUUCAAUUACCCAAUUAAAACCUUGACAGCAAAAGGUGCCUAAUAUGAGUAUUUUACAGAAUUUGGACCCGGUGACGCUGAAAUGACACUUGAGGAGUUCUGGGUCGAACAUAUUGAUGGACAAAGAGGGUUUUGAUUUAUAAUGCAAAACACAUUUUGUGUACAGUUUUGUUUUAACUGAUAAGUUAGCUGACGAUUAUUUCAAUAAUCAGUUAGUCACGAUUAAUCCGAUUCAUUAUUUCAGCUCGAUAGAUUUUAAUUAGUGGUACCGGAGUGAUUAAAUUUGCACACAAAUCACGGGGGAAAAAAACGCGAAUUUCCUUCUACGUCAUCAUUAUGUAGUUGUUUGCCUUGGUUUUUCUACAUAUCGUCCCAAUAACACGACGUAGUUUGAAAAUGUGAAAUAAUUUAAGGUGUAUGUACUUUGUCUCUAGUCUAAUUAGUCAUUAGCUGCGUUAUGUCGCCACGUAACCCAGCUGACAGUCGGUCCCGGCUUCUACGGGUCGGUACCGGCUCACUGACAACCGGACCCCCCGGACCGUCGUGCACGCCUGUCGGUGACGCGCCUUCGGGUUCCCGGUCCUGCACCGGAGGCGGCGGCAGCAUCACCAUCACCAUCACCAUCAGCAGCAGCAGCAGCAGCAGCAGCGGCGGCGGCUCGGUGUGUCCCUCACUGAGAAGAACGCCUGGGAAGGACGGAAGCACACGGAGGAUCGGCGUCCGGCUCCACCAGCACCGUUCACGGAUUAAACCGCGUUGACGCGCCGCUUGUUCCGGAGCUCCUGUCGGAAUCAGACCCGGUAAACCGUGAAGGCGGAUCAGACCAAACUGGGCGACACGUCCGCUGGUCCAUGGCUCUGUCUGUUUGAGAGGCAAUCUGAUGACAGGACUUCAGACGACGACAAAGGACGACCUGCUAUGGCCAGUGCAGCUGAUGGUCCAGGUAACCUCGGAGCUGAGCAGAACCCCCUGAGCGUCCCCGUUGCUGAUCAUGGAGCCUGGGCCACAGCCAUGAACAACCUGGGCAUCAUGCCUGUGGGCAUCAGCGGGCAGCAGCUGGUUUCAGAAUCUCUGUGUAUCCCGAGAUUUGACCCCGGACUGAGCCUUAUUGGACCAAUAAACCCCAUGAUGGGAGGCAUCGGCCUGGUCCCACCUCCACCCAUUCCCCCCGACGUGCCUGUCAUUAAGGAGAUUAUCCACUGCAAGAGCUGCACUCUCUUCCCUCAGAACCCCAAUCUGCCCCCUCCGUCGACGCGGGAGCGCCCCCCCGGCUGUAAGACGGUGUUUGUGGGAGGCCUGCCUGAGAACGCCACGGAGGACAUCAUCAGGGAGGUGUUCGACCAGUGUGGGGAGAUCAUCGCCAUCCGCAAGAGCAAGAAGAACUUCUGCCACAUCCGUUUCAGCGAGGAGUUCAUGAUUGACAAGGCUAUAUAUCUGUCAGGAUAUCGGAUGCGUAUCGGCUCCAGCACGGACAAGAAGGACUCCGGAAGGAUCCACGUGGACUUCGCUCAGGCCAGGGACGACCUGUAUGAGUGGGAGUGCAAGCAGCGCCUGUUGGCCAGAGAGGAAAGGCACCGGCGAAAAAUUCACGAAGACUGCCUGCGUCCGCCGUCUCCUCCUCCCAUCGUGCACUACUCUGAGCAUGAGGCGGCGCUGCUGGCGGAGAAACUAAAAGACGACAACAAGUUCAGCGAGGCCACGGCGGUGCUCUUCACCUGGAUCGACCGCGGCGAGGUCAACCGCCGGACCGCCAACCACUUCUACUCCAUGGUCCAGUCGGCGAACAGCCACGUUCGCCGGCUGAUGAGCGAGAAGGCUCUCCACGAGGAGGAGAUGGAGCGAGCCAAGGAGAUCUUUAAGAACGCCCUGGUGGCCAUAUUGACACAAUUCGAGCAGAUCACCGCCAUUUUCACGGCCGCCACCAGGCAAAAGGCAUGGGACCAUUUCUCAAAAGCGCAGCGCAAGAACAUAGACAUUUGGCGCAAGCAGUGUGAGGAGCUGAGAAAUGCUCACAGCGAGGAGAUCAUGGGCAUCAGACGAGAAGAAGAGAUGGAGAUGUCGGAUGACGAUUUGGAUGAUAUUCCCAACAAGAGGAUGCGCAUGGAAGAAAAUGGUGUGUGUGAUCAGACCCAGGCCUCCCUGAAGGAGGAGAACGACUCGCUGCGCUGGCAGCUGGACGUCUACCGGAACGAAGUGGAGCUGCUGAAGAAGGAGCAGGGCAGAGUGGGCCGGCCGGACGACGACCACGCUCACACACAGCCACACACACACGCUCACCCCGCCGAGGCUCAGAUCCAGCUGCUGCAGCAGAGCAUGCACAACAUGCAGCAGGAACUCCUGAGCCUACAGGAGAAGCUUUCGAGUAAAGAGACGGAGCUGGAGCAGGCGAGAGAGGAGCAUCACUACCUGGAGAUGGAGGUGCUGUCCCUCAGAGAGAAGCUGUUGAGUGGAAAAGGUGAAUCUGUGGACGGAACCAAUGGAGAGCUUCAUGAAAAGAGCGUGAAUGGGUGUGUUCCCUCGCUGUACCUCAGCAGAGACAGGAGGAGUGAGUUCAUGAGAGGAGGAGUCGCUUCGGAGAAAGAGGCUCUGCUACUGGAACAACCAGAUGUUGUUACUGAUGGAAACCACAAAGAAGACGACGACAGGAAGUGGGCAUUAUCUCCACCUUCCUCCAUGUCCAUCCGUUCGGGGCCAACCUUGAGUAUCUCUGGUCGUACAUUCAGCGGCUGGACUCAAAGGUGUCUGCCGGGGAGCUGGAGCGCCUCAUGGUGCGUCUGCCCAGCAUGUUCCGGCAGGAGCUGAGUGGCGUCGGGGCGACCUUGGAGAAACGAUGGAAGUUCUGCGGCUUCGACAGCCUCGGCUCGGCGUGACGCGGGGAGAGCGCGCACGCCGCAGACGCCAGCGACAAGUCACUGGCUCGUGCGCGCGUGCCCACGCCUGUGGAAGUUCGGUGAACGUCGAUCGAUACUCGAUGGGGCGCCGGAACUCUUGGACUAGGCGAACGUUUAAAGCCGAGGGGUAGUCCUUCGGGAAGUUCGAGUGGAUUUGUGAUCCCUCGUAAAGAUGCGGUGAACCCCAAAGGGACACAUCUACCUUUGACGAUUAACACAAGUCUUGAGGAAGACUUCCUGGCUCUCUUCCCUUUGACAGCCAGGAACCAGGAAGCCUGCCAGCAGGAACGCCACCCACAGAAACAUGGAUAGGAAAACCUGUAUACCAAAGUUGACCCUGUAGAGAUUUCAUACCAGACCUCAUUUUGUUUAACUGAUGAGUGCAAACCGUUUUGCUCCCUUGUUGUAAAGACACUGAGUACUUUUGCCAAAUUUUUUGCUGGAUAUCCAGGAGAUUGAAGUCGGCAGCACUGUUAAACCAGGACUUGGAGUCGACUGGAAAGGUGCUUGUUCAUCUUUUAAACAUUCACAGAAACCUUCGGUGGCGAUCCGGUGGCAGGUUCUGAUGUUUUCUAAAGUUACACUCAUCUCUUCAUCUCCUGUAGAGCCAUCAUCAGGCGUCGGGGCACUUCUCCUUUUUAAUACCGGACAGCUGACAACGGCACUGAUCUGUCAGCUUCAGAUAUUUAUUUGCGUAAACUAUGAAGACUCUUGUUCUUUCAGGUUGUCCUUUUGACAGUACUUCUCUGUCCAGAUUUGGUGCAUUUCGCUUCUGUUGCCUUUAAUGUUAAACUUGGUGUGUGUGCCGAAGACACCAUAAAUGACAUUGAAGACUUUUAAGGUAAAGUUUUUUCAGAAUUCUUAAUGGGUUUUUUUUGUUGUUGUUGUUUUGAUUUCACCCGGAUCCAGUAAUAGCUCCAAAGCUCCGUUCGCGUAACGGCUGCAGAGGGAAAGCUUUAACGCUUGCAACAUUCUGGUCUGAUGUAAAAGUGUCAAAAUAGAGAAAACCAACAGAUGACAACAAGGUUUGUUUGACUUUCUAAAGUUUAGAUUUAUGGCCCGAAGCCAAGCCAAAAUUCGGGUCGGGCUCCUGUGACACACAAGCUUACGAUACGUGCAGCACAGAGAAAACUAAAACAAGAAUGCACGAAAUGAAGCUGUGCUAAUCUAUUUGUUACACUCUAAUUAGAGGAGGAGGCAGUUUGACCUCCUGAAGAAAUAAAUUAACAAAGUUCCUUAGCCUGCAACAGGCGCAGCACACUCACGAGGCGCGUGCAGCUCCGCCCCGUUCCGCUCCUAUCAAUCACACGUCCCAGAUGAUUAGCGCUUCACUCACCCAGCAUUUACAACAAACAGCAACACGGAGCUGGAAGAUGUGAAACAAAAGCUAAAAACGGGAGAAGUUGCACGGCUUACUCAAAUUAUAGUAAAUAAAUAAAAUCUUCAUUAAAAUAAUACGUUGGGUUUACUUCCCAACGUAUUGUUUAAUACGUUGGGAAUUAACUGGUCGGCUCUGACAUUAAGUCCACAGGGUUGGACUCAAAUCGGAGGGCUCCACCCUGCUUUCAUGUGUGUGUUAGUCAGCCUGAGUUAGCCCUACUGUCAGUCUAGGAUACACAGAUUCCACCCAUUAACAUAUUAACUCACUGAGAACAAAUUUUGCAACUUGCUCUUGACUCUGAGUCAGGUAUUAUUUAGUGACUUGUAUGGAGGCACGGGGCUGUUGUUUCACUAACUUCAGAUUUAAGGUAACCUUUAAAAACCAACUCUGAGUUUAUGAACCACACACCAAGAUGAUUUUACCACCACUGACUAAAACAAGAUUAAGGUGACUCAAAUAAUUGAAGGUCCACAACUUCUCUAAAAUUUGAUGUGUUCCUAUAAUUACUAGUGUCCCAGGUAAACAUUAAAUGUGUUACUGGCGAUGACCUUGGUGCUGACGCUAUGAUCAGUUUGUCUCUUUGUUACCAGAGUCCUGAAAAAAAAAGUCUUUGUUUAAGCUUUAAUCCAAAGUACAGAGGCAGGGGAAGGGUUCAUCUGGCAUCAUAUACUCCUACAAAAAGAUGGAAUUGGUUCCUCAAUAAAGAUCCAAAAUUCAAUAACACAUUCAUUUUCAGCCUAUGACUCCACAUUAUGGAUGUUGUUGGACCCAAGUACAUCAAAUGUGAAUACAAACACCUCAACUCUGGGACCUCAAAGCUGCAUUACUUUGAGAAUGACGUAAAAUUUGAGAUUACAGUAAUAUACACAGACCUGCGGCGUCGGUUUGAUCAUCAAAAUAAGAGCUAGUAAUUCACUCUUUCCAUCAGUCUAGUUUCUCCCCAACGUGCUUGAGGCUUCAGUCGGAUGUGGAAAAGAUCCCCAUUCAAGGGAAAAAUGGAGCAAAGAUGACGUGAUGGUCGCAGAGCGUAAACUCAAAGGUCUAAACGCGGAGCCUCAUUUCCUCUGCCAGAUAUUUCGGGAUCAAAAAUAAAUAAAUGGUGCUGCGGAGAGGAAAAGGAAAGAAAGAAAAAAAAAAAAAGAUGCUCCGGGGUUUGUAAUAACCUGUGAAAACCCUGCGGGCGUCUUUUUCAGUGCCUGCAGAGAAAACUGUGGACUUUGUAAAAGGAUGGAUAAAAUUCAGGAAAAAAAAAACUGCUUCAGAGAAUGCAGCAUGAA